AAAUUAUUAUUAGAUAAAAUACGAUUUUGGAAUGUUUAAUUUUUUGAGAAUGUACAUAUUACUUGUAUCGGAAUAAGGGUCAAAUCAAGGUCGCUUCCGAUGCAGUUCAGAGAAAGCCGGAAAGACGGCGUAACUAGUAAUAGCAUCGUAUAAUUGUUUCCUCCGUUAACUGUGACGUUUAACUUGAUAAUACUGUUGAAAUGAUUAUUGACUGAUUAUUUUGAGAUUUCAUGUAAACUGUUAAUUGUUACUGUUUUCUUUCGUACUUAUAAUCAUCGGAAUAAUUCUAUUAUUUAUUGGAUUUAUGAAAUCGAGAAGUACGAUGAAAAAGAUUCCUAUAAUAAGUUUGAGCUCUGCUCAACUGAAAAAAGACGAUUAUACGUUCUUUAUACUAAGGAGUAACAGAUCUACAUUAAAAUUCGAUAGCAAGAAUGAAGACAUCUUUUGCGUAGUGCGCGACUCAUAUGCAAGUUUAAUACACAAAGAGAUUGAAAAUGGAUGCAACUUAAAUGAAAAUGACAAUACACAAAAGAAUAAAUCUAUUUCAACGGUAAAACAAACAGAAUUAUUCUUUGAUACGUCCAAGAAAACAAAAGAUAAUGACAAAUUAUCAGAUUCUAAAUUGUCCAUACGUGACGUAACAUAUAAUCCCAGUAAUGAUAAAAAUGAUAAUUAUGAGAAUAAUCAUGAUUCAGUUUUCAAAGUGACAUUUAAUUUCGAAUUAUUUAAGAUAUAUUUAAUGCGUUUUUUUGGUAUAAAUAUAUCUAAAGGUAUUUCAUAUUUCGAUAAUGAUGACGUAUUACGUUUGGUUGAAAAUGAAACUGACUUUUUAGAAUUAUGGCAGUUUGCUAAAUUUUGCUCAAAACGCAGCAAAGGAGUAUUGUUGUUAGUUGAUUUUAUAAAUAAUCAGGAUGAUGAUAUAAAUAAAAACAAAUAUAAAGUUAAUGCACAUUCAUCUGGUGAUGAUCAAAAAAGUUCAUUUGCAAACGAUUCUAUUUCAUUUGAAACUUUUAAUGCAAAAAAAAGUAUGAGCGAAGUAAAACAAGAGAAUAGAAAAGAACAUUUAAAUAGAAUAUUUGACUUAACCGGAGAAAAUAAUAAUACAUUAAAUGAUAAGAAUGGAGCUGCUUCUAUGUUUCCAAAUUUAACUACAACAUAUUCAAAGAUUCUUACAAAAAGUUUUGAUAAUAUGAAAUUAGAAAGUACAACACCUUCAAACGUAACUACCCAGGACUCUCUCAAUAACGCUCCACCGACAUGGUUUGUACAGUAUAUGGAACAGUUGAAGAAGGAUAUAAUAACAGAAGUUUCUGAUCAAAUUAUGCUUAAUGUAAUGGAAAAUUUAAAUAAGUGUUCUAUGAGGUCACCGAUUUGCACGGAAUCCAAGGAUACAAGUAGAUGUGAAAAUCAAUCCCAUCGUCUCAGAUCAAAGUAUAAUCAUCAAAGAAAUAAUUUACUUACAGAUCAAAGAAGACAAUAUAAAAGGAAGAAAAGGGACAUGCUAGUCGACAAGAUUUAUUCUGAACAUAUAGAUAAACCACUUGUAAACAUUGUCAAAAGCAGAAAGAAACAAGUGAAGAAAUUUGAAGAAAAGCUUGAAUAUAGUAGUGAACCUAACGAAGACAAAGAGGAGGAAAAUGUUCAGAAUGAAAGCUGUAAUUCGUCAAAAUUAAUGAGCGAUAUAAAUAAUGCUCAUAAGCAAAAUGAUAUCAGCGAAAAGCAGAUUGUAAAUAAACGUAAUUCUUUGUCUCCAAAUAUUCUUACAUUAGAAUCUUCAAAAGAAAAUUUGUAUAAUGAACCUAACAUAUGCAAUGGGACAAAAGAAAAUAAAUUUCGGAUGAAUUGUUCUAUUACUGAACAUCAAAUGUUGGAUGAAAACUAUUUCAAAAAUACGACUUGCUGUUGUGGAUCUGACAUAGAGAAUAUUAAUAUAAAUUCUGAUCUAAGUAAUAAUAUAGAGGUCUGUGAUGAUUAUAAUGAAUUUGAAUUGAUUCCAAUGCCAAUGAAAAAUAAAACCAAUACAAAUUGUCACAUACAAAGAAGUCUAUCAAAAAAUCAGAACAUGAAAAACAUUGCCCAUAAAGAAAAUAAUGAUGAUGAAAUUGUUACUGAUCUUUCAAGUUUUGAUCUACUUCCUGAAGUACCUACACCUUUAGUCAUUUGCAUUAAUGAAAAUCAUUUUACAGAUAAUUCGAAUAAUACACUUACUCCUAUAAUUAAAAAGGAUUUAAAUAAUGUUAGUACUGACAAACCAGAUGAAAAAGAAAAUUCUAAUAAUGAGGAUAAUAUUAAUAAAAAAAUAAAUGAUACACGUUUAUCCAAUACUUCCAAAACGUGUAUGUACAAUAAUUCAACAGAUUUAACAAAUAAUAUUUGUUCUCUCUUUAUAAAAAAUACAUCAAAGUCAACAGAUGAGAACACAAAUUUACUGCAUGUAGAACCCGAACAUAACAAUACAAAUGCCAUGAAAAUUGAUGUAAACAGUUCUCAUACUAGCUAUUUGACAACAGAACCUAUAAAUCCAGUUUAUUCAGAUUUACCAAUAGCACAGCACAGUUGUCAAGCCCAAACAGAUAUAAAUGAUUUAACACAGAGUUUUCACUCUCAUACUACUUCGAUUACAGACAAUGGUGUUUAUGGUAUAAGUGAGACAAAUAUUAGUAACAGUCAUGAUUAUUCAAACCAUAGUUUUUCUGAUUCCAAUACACCUAUAGCUUCAAAAAAAAAUAAUAUACAUGAGCAAAUAAAAAAAGACUUAAAUAAUAAAUAUCUUGAGAAAAAUCCGACAAUAGAAGAGAGUAAAAAUGUUGGACAUAUAAUUGAGGAAACUACUACCGACUCGAUGCCAGGAACUGCAGAACCUAUUCACAUUUUACCAGAAACAUUGGUAAUUGGUGCUUUUCAUUUUGCUUCUAUUGCAUAUGGAACAGCUCGUGAAGCAAUUGUUAGAAUUCGUUCAACUUCGAAAGAUGAUCGAUUAUCAUAUAUGAGGAAGACUCCUCGGCAUUAAAUAAACCUACAGAAGAUUUAUGCAUCCUCAAAAAUCUUUAUUAUAAUAUUACAUAUAGAGAUAACCAUUCGCUUGUUCCAAAUGAGAAACGCUAAAUAGAAUUGUUUAUUAGGCAAGUAUGCAUCUUACAUAUUUAAUAUACCAUUUAUUUUAGGAAUUAGUAUUUUAAAGCUGCUGGUAGUAAAAUAAUUUGUCAAAGAUGUGAAUCUUGUUAGAUGUUAGAUUUUUCAUAUAUAUAUAUAUGUAUAUAU